AUGAACACCUCGACAUCUUUCGAAGAGCUUUUGGCUCUGCAAACACAGAAGAUGAGUUUCGUAUCACGGGCGCUCAUCAAUUACAAGAAGCUGGGGCAAGCCAAAAUGACACCUGCGGUGACACGUCAACGUCUCGUCACUUUGAAGGAAGCCUUUGCCACUUGCCAGGAGCUCGACAGUCGAAUCGGGCUUCAUGCGGACGAUGACGACAAAGCAUCGCAUACCUACUUCACAAAGAAUUCGUUUCUGGAAUGUGAGGACUGCUACAACGAGGCUGCCGACUACAUGGCUGAGGUAUUAGAGAGCUACGAAUCCCGCAUCCCUCCCGCUACAUCAUCACAAAACGUAAGUGGCUUGCAUGAUGUUUUCCGAUCCGCGUCGCAUCUUCCGAGGAUCAACCUACCGACCUUCGACGGGAGCAUCGACAAGUGGGAAAGCUUUCGCGAUAAAUUCCAAUCGAUGAUUCAUAACGAUCAUAGUUUGUCAAAUGUCGAUCGCUUACAUUAUUUAUGCUCAUGUGUAAAAGGGGAUGCAAGUAACGCGCUUGACCACCUCGCGGUAACCAAUAAUAAUUUCGACGUCGCGUGGAGAAUUCUAGUCUCUCGGUACGACAACAAACGUCGUCUUGUUACAACGCAUUUACAAUCGCUGUUAAAUUUGCCGUUGCUGACCACAGAAACCGCUCAUGACCUUCGUCAGCUUCGCGACCAAACAAACAAAGCAAUCCAAGCGCUUAGAAAUCUCAACCGUCCUGUCGAACAUUGGGAUGAUUUGCUUGUUUUGCUCGUCGCACAAAAACUCGAUAAAUACUCGCGUAAAGCUUGGGAACUCAAGCUCGGCGAUACGGUGGAAUAUCCGCGUUAUAAUGAGCUCGAUCAAUUUCUUGAGUCUCGAAUUCGCGCUCUCGAGGCGAUCGUACCACAUUCUAAAGAAAAGCCAUCCUCUACCUCUAAAGGAAAAAUUCUUGUGUCGCAUACCGCGUCCACCGUUUCGUUCGCAUGUCCGUUGUGCAAGGCCAAUCACUCAUUAUACCAAUGUUCGACAUUUUUAAAGCAAACACCCUCUCAACGUUUCGAUUUUAUUAAGCAGCAAAAACGAUGUUUAAACUGUUUUAGUAGUAAGCAUUCCGUCAAAGAUUGUUCGAAUUCGCGCGUAUGCCGCCAGUGUAAUAAACGUCAUCACACGUUAUUACAUUUCGAUAACUCGACUCCGCCGGUGCAAACGGAGUGA